UAAGGAUAUAAAACCUUGAGACAAGAGGAUGCUCUUCUCUCAAACCCGCUGCCAUCUCAGUGGUGGAAAUGUUGGAGUUGGGGAGGGUCGACUUUGAGGUGACAUUGACGCUAUGUAGAUGAGAGUGAGGAUCCUGCGCUCAAUGUUACGUCCCUGCUCGCUUCAACUCAGACGGCGGCAGCUCCUUUCCCCGUCUUCACUCCCCUCCUCUCUUUCAGCACCACUCCUUUCAGGACAGCACCUCGCUCUCAAAGACGCAUUUGUCCACCAACCUCCCCCCUCAGGAUCCUAUAUGUGUUCGCUUUCGUCGGAUGCAAAGUUUUCACCUUGGUUUUAAUCUAAAAGCGCAAGAAAGUAACUUUUUUUUUUUUUUUUUCGGAUUUUCCCAUCGGGGAAAAAAUCUGGUAAAUAAACGAUUUUUACUGGUUGUUGGACCGCGGCUCAACUGCCCCUGCUUCUGCUCUUGAUUAUCAAUCUUAUUACCCCGAUUAUUCGUCUCUACUCGGUGUUAUCUGGGAGCUAGGUGUACAGGACGGAGAAUCUGUUUACCUGGACCGGUACUGAAACCCCCUCCUCUUCACAGGUCAGGACUAUCCAACACGCACAGUGACCAUGGCCACCAACGGGACCAAAGCCUCGGACGGACACGUCUUAACGGAGACGGUGAAUGACGCGCCCACCACCACGCCAAACGACAAACCCAAAACCUUGGUGGUGAAAGUGCAGAAGACGAAAAAUGAGAUACCCGAGAGAGAGACCUGGGGUGGGAAAUUUGACUUUCUUCUCUCUUGUGUCGGAUACGCAAUCGGACUCGGAAAUGUGUGGAGAUUUCCUUAUUUAUGUGGAAAGAACGGAGGAGGGGCCUUCUUGAUUCCUUACUUUUUGACCCUCAUAUUUGCUGGAAUGCCACUGUUCUUUCUGGAGACGGCUCUUGGUCAGUACACUUCUAUUGGAGGGCUUGGAGUGUGGAAGCUGGCCCCCAUGUUCAAAGGUGUGGGUCUGGCUGCUGCUGUUUUAUCCUUCUGGCUAAACAUCUAUUAUAUUGUAAUCAUUUCCUGGGCUAUUUACUACCUGUACAACUCCUUCACUUCUGAUCUGCCAUGGCAGAGCUGUGGCAAUUCCUGGAACACAGACCGCUGCUACACCAACUACAGCAUUGCGGACACCAGAAACCUCACCAGCGCAGUGGUGGAGUUCUGGGAACGUAACAUGCACCAGAUGACCGAUGGUCUGGAGAAGCCUGGGGAGGUCAGGAUCCCACUGGCUAUUACACUCGCCAUUGCAUGGGUGCUUGUCUAUUUCUGUAUCUGGAAGGGGGUCAGCUGGACUGGCAAAGUGGUGUACUUCUCAGCCACAUACCCUUACUUUAUGCUGUUCAUCCUGUUUUGUCGUGGUAUCUCUCUACCUGGUGCAAUUGAUGGGAUCCUCUUCUAUAUCACACCAGACUUUGCCAAACUUAAGGAGUCUGAGGUGUGGCUGGAUGCUGCCACUCAGAUCUUCUUUUCCUAUGGGCUGGGAUUAGGCUCUCUGAUAGCUCUUGGCAGCUACAAUACCUUCAAUAACAAUGUGUACAGAGAUUCUGUCAUUGUCUGUUGCAUCAACUCCUUCACUAGCAUGUUCGCUGGCUUUGUCAUCUUCUCUAUUGUGGGAUUUAUGGCCAAUGUAACAAAGAGACCCAUCGCUGAUGUGGCAGCCUCAGGACCUGGCCUGGCAUUUUUGGCUUAUCCUGAGGCCGUCACCCAGCUGCCAGUUUCUCCUCUCUGGGCCAUACUCUUUUUCUCCAUGCUGCUGAUGCUGGGUAUUGACAGCCAGUUCUGCACUGUGGAAGGUUUCAUCACUGCACUGGUUGAUGAAUUCCCUCAAGUUCUCCGAAACCGCAGAGAGAUCUUCAUCGCUGUCGUCUGCCUUGUUUCUUACAUCAUUGGACUUUCCAACAUCACACAGGGUGGACUGUAUGUGUUCAAGCUAUUCGACUACUAUUCAGCUAGUGGAAUGUGCCUGCUCUUCCUGGUCUUCUUUGAGUGCAUCUCUAUUUCCUGGUUUUAUGGUGCAAACAAAUUCUAUGACAACAUUGAGGAAAUGGUUGGCUACAGGCCCUGUCUGUGGUGGAAGGCCUGCUGGGUCGUUUUCACUCCGCUCAUUGUGGCUGGAGUCUUCUUGUUCAGUGCAGUGCAGAUGGUUCCCCUCACCAUGGGUGACUAUGUGUUCCCAGCCUGGGGCCAGGGGGUUGGCUGGUGCAUGGCCCUCUCCUCCAUGACCCUCAUCCCAGGCUACAUGGGCUACAUGUUCCUCACACUCAAAGGCACAUAUAAAGAGCGUCUGCGGAUGAUGAUCAAGCCUGUCGUACUGGUGAAGGCUCAGGAAAAUGGCCCUGACCAGCAGACAGAAAACCAGAGUCAGAACCCUGCCAACGAGGAAGCUUACAUCUAGAAACUUCUGCCUGUCUCUGACUCGACGGCCAGACUGGCAAUCUACAUAGAAGGAAACGUAAUCAAGGUUGGGAACGACCACCAGACUUCCAUGUCUGCUUUUAUUCACCUACCUCCUGGGGACACGUGAGACCAACCUGAUUACACAGUUAUUUUUAGGGGGUUUUCUGUUUUGUUUAUUUGUAUAAUACAGAGUUAUAAAACUUAUGAGGAAAAACAAACUACCCAGCAAAAUUGUUGUGAUAUCAUGGAUUUCAUUAUGCAAAAAAGUUAGUCUUCUUAGAAAAGCAAAUGUGACUUAGGAAAUUACUGUAUAUUGAAUAUAUAAUUUAAAUUUGGAGGCCCACGUUGAUUCAAUAGUAUUGUGCUACUGAAGAUAUUAAUUAUUCUACUAAACUACAAUUACUGUACAAAGAAAAAAUAUUGGUUAAUUUUGCUUGUACAUGAAAUAAAUACAUUAAAAUGAAUGCAGUGUAUUAGGUGAAAAAAAUGCAAUUUGAAAGUUUGUAAAGUGAAAAUUGAAUAUUGACCAAUUUAAGGCAAUGACAAUAUGGGGAUGUGCAACAGGUAAGGCCAAAUCUGCUUGUAUGUGUACAAUAUAAUUUAGACAGACUAUCACUCCCUUGGAGGAUCCUGCAGUUCCUCUAUGAUGUUUACCACCCAUGUCUGGGGCUACCUUUGAAAAGCACAAGCACAGUAUGGAAUUUUGAACCGUCACACUUUUUUUUGGCUCAAUUGAAAAUUGUGACAACAGCAAAAAUAACUUACAUAGGAUACAUAGCAAGAGACUGUUAUAAUUGUUUCUUUGUUUUCUAAAGAACAAUAACUUUGUAUGUUGUCUGAAUCUUUUUUGUAGAAUCAUUUUUAGGUCAUUUUCUAUAUGUGAGAGUGAGAAGGACCAAAAUCUAAACUCAAGUUUGAAAGAUUGGUACAGAAUUUUAACCCGCUGGCUGUAUAUGGAUUAACUCAAGCAUCCCUUUUUGUCUCUCUAAAGAGAAACUGGGUACAGUAGUGGAGACAACAUCCGCCUACAAGCACAAUUUGGAUCUGUAAACUACCACCUCUAAAAAUGUAGGUGUAGCCAAUACAGAAAUCCCACAUUUGCACUGUGCGUACAAUAUUUCUGCCUGACAUUAUUUGGAAAAUGUAGAUUUUGACAACCAGUUAAGUGUAAAGACAGAGUUGGGUUGCAAUAAGCCAAUGCUAAUUCUGAUCUAUAUUUGAAACUGUGAGAAUGAAUAGUUACCACUAUUCUGACUGGAGCCGUUUACUUGUAUAUCUAUUUAGUAACCCACUUCUCAGGAACAAAGGUGGACGUGACCAAAUUCUCUCAGAUACUACCAUUAUACACUGAAACAAUUAAUGAUGUAUUUUUU